UUCUAAUAUAAAAACAUCCCUUUCCAUUUUCCACCUCAAAAAACUCAAUCAUGGAGAGUUUCCAAAAGGAAAAACAAAUUAUGGUAGAUCCACUUUCAUUGAAAAAUUCACCUAUCAAACAAAAGUUGCCAACUAUAAUCACAACACCUCCUACCCUUUUGCACCCUCCAACACUACAACCUCCAAAGCUAAGGUUUCUAAGCUUGAGUCUACCGAAUUCGGUAAACUCGUCUCCCCGGUCCGGUUCGGUUAAAAAACCGAAACACGGGAGCCCGGAACCACAAUGUCAAGAGGCUACUAAUGUGAUGAUGACCAACACACUUCAAGAACUUCUUCAAGAGGCUAAGUUUGGGAAGAGCAAAUCAUGUGGUGAUGCAAGAGAGAGUGCUUCUUUAGAAGGAUUUGAUUUUGAUCAAUGGUUGACUAAACUAAACACAAAAGAGCUAGAGAAAUGGGAGUGGCAUUAUGGUACUUUCACAAAAAAUGAAAAUGCUAAAGAAAGUCCUAAGAGUGUUAUUAAGGAAAUGAAAACAAUAACAUCAUCAUCACAUGAUGGAUUCAAAUGCAAUGCUCUUUGUCUUUUUCUUCCUAGCUUUGUUGGUAAGAUAAAGCCAAUCAAAACGAGAAAAGAAGCUUCGGAAAAAGUUGUUCCUACAAUGUUGUCUAGGAAUGUUUCCUUGGAGAAUUUUGAAUGCGGCUCUUGGGCUUCUGCAGCUAUGUCUCAUGAGAAUGAUGGAGAUUCUAAUAACUCUUACUUUGAUCUUCCUAUGGAGUUGAUGAAAUAUGGUGGUGCUAAUGAAGUAGAUUCUCAUUCACCCAUUGCUGCAUCUCAUGCUUAUGAAAAAGAUCUUAAGGGAGUUUUGAAAAAUAGUUCGGUUAGAGGGAGUGCUAGAAAACCGGACACGUCGCCGCGACAUGUUCGGUUUUCUUUAUCGUCUUCUUCUCCAUCAUACCCUGCAUCUCCAGCAUUUUGUAUUAGUCCCCGUUUGAAAAAAGCUAGAGAAGAUUUUAAUGCAUUCUUGGCAGCACAAACUGCAUGAGAAAGUUGGUGGUUAAGCCAAGUUUUUAUGUAUUACUUGAUUAUGUAGCUUAUGUCUUCAAUUUGCAUGAUCAUUUUUGCAAGACCUAGCUUAAAUGUUAAAAUAAUGAGCUUUUAAGGGAAAUUAGCUAGAGGGUAUUUUUGUUUGUGAUACAAAUAGUCUCUCCCAUUGAUAAUAUGUAACUAUAAGUAUAAUCUCAAGUUAAAGACAAGACAUAUGGUGAUGUCUUGGUUACUCAACAAAAUGGGUCCUUUCUUACUCAACAAGUUUCAAUUCAUAUUGACUCUC